AUGUCCAUUGAAGGGGCAUGGUUAGUGGCCAACAGCUUGGACAUGGGCCACCAGUAUUCCUUCCACGUGUCCGAGGACCCGGUGGACACGGCUUUCGAUGUGGACUAUGACACGCCAAGCGAGGUACCGGAUCUCGGCCGGGCGUCCAUUUGGACGAUGAUCGCCCUGGAGGCUCCGGAUCAGCUUCGUCAGCGUAUGGCAUGGGCGCUGGCCCAGAUCUUCGUCGUGGCGCCAGAUGAUACCACGGGGCGGCACACGGAGAUGUUUGUGAACUUCUACGACAUCUUUGUUCGUCAUGCGUUCGGCAACUUUGCGGACAUCCUGCGCGAGGUAACCUACAGCCCAGUCAUGGGAGACUACCUCACCUACAAGAGGAAUCGGGCCUUCGACAGCGAUGGUGCCUACCCAGAUGAGAACUACGCACGCGAGAUCAUGCAGCUCUUCACUAUUGGCCUCUGGCAGCUGAAUCCGGAUGGCACUCGGAUGCUAGACAGCGAUGGAAACCAGAUCCCGACCUACAGCAACGAG